AUAUUUAAAACACACCGUAAGAAACACCUACAAUAAACGUCUAUUUUUUCACUAAUCAUGAGUUUGCGUCCCAGAAUUAUGACCAAUCCAGAACUGACCAGGUAUUUAUGUCUAUGAUUUAAAGAACAUAAAAGACGUAUUUGGUCUUCGGAAACAAGUCGGCCAUUUCCGUAACCGACGUCACUUCGCAUAAGACCGCCCCUUCUCUUCGGAGAAGAAGCAUCGCCAUUUUAAGUGAGCGAGUUUCAUUUCACACACCGCAACUGUAGGACGGAGAACCUCAGGAACGUUUUCAACCUAUUUCUCUUUCAAACUGUUAGUGGAGAAUUGACUACUAUGAACUGAAUCUCUUCCUUAAGCCAAUCAACAAGUAGCUCAAAGUCAAGUAACGCAAAAGACAGUUGAUUUUUUGCACUGAAUGUAGUACGUUAGAGGAAAUGGCUGUGGAAAGCAUGACUGUCCAUCCAAACUCCCCAACAGCCAACCACGAACACAACAGUCUUCUCACUGACGAAAGAAAGGAAGAUGGAGAACUGGAAGAGGGCGAGUUGGAGGAUGAUGGUGGAGAGGCAGAGGCGCCCAGCUGUGAGGGAGCUGAACCCCAAGAAAAGCCCCGUCGCAGCAAGGAGCACCAUGCCAGUGAAUCGGAUGACGAAAAGUCACAUCGCCGCAGGAAGAAGAGAAAGAGGGAGAGAGAGAGGGAAAAAGAAAAAGAAAAAAGGAGAGCCAAGAAAAAGCGCAAAUCAAAGCACAAGCGCCAUGCAUCCUCAAGUGAUGACCACUCAGACUACAGUGAUGAAUCAGAUUACAGUCCCAGCGAAAAGAGAAAAUACAGGGAAUACAGCCCUCAGUAUCCUCCCUCUUCUCAAGGGGGUUACCCACCUGCUUCUGGUCAUGGAGGACCCAUGCCAAAGAAAGGCAGCUAUAUGAAGAUGGACAAACAGGGCUAUGGGGGCUAUGAUGACUAUGAAGAGGAAAACUACGAAGGUCAAGAGGAUGAGGAGAUGGUUGAAGAUGACUAUGAUGACUUCGCCAAGGAACUGAACCAAUACCGCAAGGCCAAAGAGGUUGGCUGUGGUCCACGUGGCAGAGGUGGUAAAAACCGGAUGAAGAACCAGAGAGGAGGGAUGAGAGGCCGCGGAGGGAUGAGAGGCCGUGGUGGAAGAGGAGGAGGCGGCAGAGGAAGAGGACGGGGCAAAAUGGGAGGAGACAAUGACGAUGGAGAUGGAAUGUAUGAUGACAUUGAGUAUGGAGAUGAUGACUAUGAUAACAUGGGAGAAGACGAUUAUGAUGACUACUCAAAAGAACUUAACCAGUACAGGAAGUCAAAAGACAGAGGGCGUGGUGGAAAAGGUGGACGAGGUCGUGGGCGAGGCAAGGGAGGUCGAGGCAUGAACCGAGGCAGAGGGAGAAAUCGAGGUAGGGGACGAGGAGGAGAUCAGGGUCCUGAUGAAGAAAACAGUGGCGAAAUGGACACAGGGGAUGGAGCUGGAGGUCCAAGGAGAAAUGAGCAGGAAAAACAUGGGCCGGAAAAGAAGGGCAAAGCCAUCUGUAAAUACUACAUAGAGGGACGCUGUACAUGGGGUGACCACUGUAACUUCAGUCAUGACAUUGAGCUGCCUAAGAAGAAAGAACUUUGCAAAUUUUACAUCACUGGCUUUUGUGCACGGGCGGAAAACUGUCCUUACAUGCAUGGUGAUUUCCCUUGCAAGCUAUUCCAUACCACAGGCAACUGUGUGAAUGGUGAGGAGUGCAUGUUCUCCCAUGAUAUCCUAACAGAAGAUACUCAAGAGUUGCUGGAUAAGAUGUUGGCGGAAGAUGCAGAAGCAGGUGCCGAGGAUGAGAAAGAGGUGGAGGAACUGAAAAAGCAAGGAAUAAACCCUCUUCCAAAACCUCCUCCCGGUGUUGGUCUUCUCCCAACUCCCCCAAGACCCUCUCCAGGAGAUUCCUCCACACCGAUAGACUUCGGAAUGGCCGCCCCGCCACGUAAUAAUAAUAUGCCCCCCUGUGGUCCACCGGCUCCAGGCCCUGGUCCUGGACCCUGCCCUGGUCCUCCUCCUCCCUGCCCUGAUGGAGGCACCUUCCAGGGGCCACCAAACCCCAACGGACCUCCUCCACCUAUGGGUCCACCACCUGCUUGUGGAGGAAAUGCUGGAAAGAAGAUCCCCUCUUUGUUUGAGAUUGUGGUAAAGCCCACAGGACAGCUGGCGCAAAAGCUGGGUGUCAGAGGACCAGGUCCUGGUGCUGCUCCUACAGGACCCCCUCCUGUGGGUCCCCCGGGUGUGCCUCCACCUCGCUUUCCCGGUGCACCACCACCAGGACACAUGGGUCCAGGUGGUCCUCAUGAGAUGCCUCCCAUGGGUCCAUCUAACAUGAAUCAAGGCCCUCCAUUAGGACCGCCAAUGAUGCAGAACUUUAGCCAGGGAGAAGGACCGCCAAACCAGGGAAUGAUGCCUCCAGGUGGUGGAUCCGGUGCCAACUUCUAUGAUAAUUUUUAUCAGCAGCAGCAAGUCAUGACAAUGGAUGGAAGUGAAGGAGAUGGUGACAACUUUCAAGGACCAAGCGGUGGAAGUUUCAAUGAUCAGCCGUCUGGGAACCAGAACUCUGGCGGGAUAGAGGGCACAGCUAAUGUUGGCCCUUCUAAUAAGUCUGGAAUGGCAGUGCCAGAUUUUCUGCCUCCAGCACAGCGUGUGCUGUUUAUGAGACUCCAGCAAAAACAGCAAGAGGAUGAGGAGAGAGCCAGGAGGCUGGCUGAAGGUGGAGGAGCAGAGAGAGAGAAUGAAGGUGAUUCAGCAAACUGGUAUUCCAGCGAAGAUGAGGAUGGUGGGGGCAGUGUCACAUCCAUUCUCAAAACCCUGCGCCAGCAAACCCAGACCCAAGGCCCCCUCAAACCUGACGCAGCUCCUAGCGAUCCUCGUCUGCAGAAAUCUCAGCCUGCACCGACUCCCAGCCGACCGGCAGAUCCCCGGCUGGCACGAGACCCACGUUUAUCCAGGACUGCAGACUCUUCUCAGGCUCCUGAUGCCAGUGCUUCAUCUUCUCUAUCCCCCACCCCUGCAGAUCCCCGUCGUGCUCGGCAUGCACCCACACACCCACCUAAACCAGAGAAUCCUCUUGUGUACAAACCCCCACCCCUGACCACCCCAGCUAGCAACGAGGAAGAGGAGGGUGAGAGGAUGCUAAGGGAAAAGCCUGUGCCUAUCCCCCUCGAUCCUUUAAUGGGCAUGGCACUGCGUGAUCCUCGCUCCCAACUACAGCAGUUCAGCCACAUCAAAAAAGAUAUAGUCCUGAACAAGCCUUCAUUUUCCAAGGCGGUGCUGUGGAGUCCCGAAGACCUCAUCCCUAUCCCUAUUCCCAAACAGGACUUACUCCCACUUCCCCCUGGCAUCCCUCCAGUUACUGCCAUGGAUCCUCGAUUGUCCCGCACCCCACCCCAGCACCACUCAGCCCCACCCCCUUCGAUCCCACCUCCUGCUGUUGCUUCCGAGCAGUCAAAUCAGCCCUCCUCAUCCCUCCCAGACUUUGAGCUGCUCUCGCGCAUCCUCAAAACUGUCAACGCCACGUCAUCCAGCCCUGCUCAAGUAGCUCCUGCAGGAAUCUCAUCGCCUCCGUCCGCUUCUGCUGAGAAGCUCGUUGACCCGCGCAUGGCACGAAAAGUCCCCGCCGACCCCCGACUCCAGCCACAAAAAUCUGCCCUUAAAUCCACCUCAGAACCACCUGCCCCGCAAGUUUCUCCCCCGGCAGCCUCCUUAUCCCCAUCCUCUUCCUCACCAACCAUUGCACCAUACGAUCCAAGGCUGCUAUCGGCGGGAGGAUCGGUUCGAAGUGCUGCGGGUGGUGGUGGAGGUAGUGGCAGCAGCAGUGUGCUGAGUGGCAUUAGUCUGUAUGACCCACGGACUCAGGGGACAGACAAGGCUGAUGGCUCGGAGGCCGCUAGUCCUCCCCCUGAGCCCAAAUCGAGCGAAAAUCAGACAACUAAACCCAAGGCAAAAGAGCCACUUUUUGUGCGCAAGUCUGCGCUGGACCAGCCGGAACCCGAGAAGAGCACUACAGAGCAGACUACAGACCGCUACAACAGCUACAACCGCCCACGACCCAAACCUUCUCCCUCGCCCAAUGCAGGAGCUGCAGGUGGCGCUCCUGCAACAGGCGGCCCGUCCGCAGCUGGUCAGGGUCCUGCUGGGGCUACAGAACAGCCUGCGGGGGUCCACAACCUUCCUGUAUCCACAUUGUUCACCAUGGUAAAGCAGGUUGGCAAACCCAGCGGCACCGGCAGCCCGUUCGGUGGCAAUAGCCCCGCCCAGCCUGAUGUGGCCGAAGAGGACAAUGCCUCUUUAAAAGACGUUUUCAAAGGCUUUGACCCCACAGCAUCACCAUUUUGCCAGUAACCCGUACUAUUACACUGUCAUCGUGAACCGCUAAGGACUUUAGCAUGCGGUUUUCUGAAAUAACCUUGCCAGGUCACAUACCACACCCCACAGUAUUUACAUAAAGAUUUCUAUUGGACGGUUGGGUUUGGGAGGAAUUGUGACUGUACUAGUGAUAAUGGGAAAUGAAAGCUAAAUGUCUAUUUUAAAGCCAAAUGGGAAAUGUUUAAAUAAAAUGUUCAUUUUAAGGACCUCUAUGGGUGUAUACAUCAAGAUAUACUGAAGUAAUUUUGGUUUUACAUUUUCAUCGACCUAUACCAAACAGGUUUGUUGGAUUAUGACCCAUUCACCCCCUCCCAUCAUUCUGCUUGAGUUCAAUCAUAAGCAUGGCUUGUGUGAUGACUGGUAAAUGUAUUGCUCGACCUGAUCAGCGUGGUGACGGGGAGAAUUCAUUCACUGCCACUCCGUCCGUCACCUGCAGUUGAGCUAAACUAAUUCACCGGCACACUUCUUUUGCUGUCCACCAGUGGUUAAAGAUCCUUUUAAGAAAUUUUAGCUUUGUUCUCUCUCUGCUUAGAUUAGCUGACACGUUUUUCAUGUCUGUAUGGAUGCCCUUAUAUUCCUAAUGCUUCAGUUUAGUCUGUUGAUGCCACUCCCACUUUGUUCAUCAAAUUGUUCGUUUGAGACUCUUCAUUGUGUUUGUGUAACAUGAGAGCAUUUUAAUUUAUUUUUUAUACUGAAGCAGUCUUCUCUUUCUUUGUAAUGUUCAAGUUCAACCGUUUUAUGAAUGUGUGUAUAUAUCUAUAAAAAAUAUAAAUAUAUAUACAUAUGUGUAUAGUACAUAUUCUUCCCAUAUGGUUUGUGAAUUAAAUUGUGCAACAGCUGA